CUGGGCAGAGCUUUAUGUUCUCGGGGAUAUCUCCUGGUGCUCAGGAAACAGAUGUGACCCCACCCCCCACCUGUAAUACACACAUCCCGCUCGGGAAAAGCCCUUACACCAUUGUUACUGUGGUUUCCGUCUGGUGAUUGGUUCUUCCCCUGCCUCUCCUUUCUCCGACUGUGCCCCAUACAUCAUAACUGCUGUAGAUCUCAGAGUCAACACUUCCCCCUUUCCUCCCUCUGUCACAUGCUCUCUUCCUCUCUUUCUUCACUUUCCCUUUCCCCUCUUCAGCGUCUGAACAGGAAUAGGCAUUCCAUUGGCUUCAGAAGUUUCCAUUGCUUCUAUGCUUCAGGAUAGGAACGAUCGCGCUGAACAGCUGUUGUGUGUGUCUGUGUGCGUAUCUGUGUGUGUAUGUAUGUGUGUUCAUAGUGAUCAAGGUAAUAAUUAAAGAGAUUUUAUUUGAUCUCAAUCAGACCUUGUUGGACUUUCCCAUCUCACUAUCCUUUGCACUUAAUUAAGGCCUUUUUGCCUCUGUCUACCAUAGCUGUGUUACAGUGCUAGUGAUCCACAGGUGUUACAGGACCAGUGAUCCACAGGUGUUACAGGACCAGUGAUCCACAGGUGUUACAGGACCAGUGAUCCACGGGUGUUACAGGAUCAGGGAUCCACAGGUGUUACAGGGCCAGGGAUCCACAGGUGUUACAGGACCAGUGAUCCACAGGUGUUACAGGACCAGGGAUCCACAGGUGUUACAGGAUCAGGGAUCCACAGGUGUUACAGGACCAGGGAUCCACAGGUAUUACAGGACCAGUGAUCCACAGGUGUUACAGGACCAGUGAUCCACAGGUGUUACAGGACCAGUGAUCCACAGGUGUUACAGGACCAGUGAUCCACAGGUAUUACAGGGCCAGUGAUCCACAGGUGUUACAGAGCCAGGGAUCCACAGGUAUUACAGGGCCAGGGAUCCACAGGUGUUACAGGGCCAGGGAUCCACAGGUGUUACAGGGCCAGGGAUCCACAGGUGUUACAGGGCCAGGGAUCCACAGGUAUUACAGAGCCAGGGGUCCACAGGUGUUACAGAGCCAGGGAUCCACAGGUAUUACAGGGCCAGGGAUCCACAGGUGUUACAGGGCCAGGGAUCCACAGGUGUUACAGGGCCAGGGAUCCACAGGUGUUACAGGGCCAGGGAUCCACAGGUAUUACAGAGCCAGGGGUCCACAGGUGUUACAGAGCCAGGGAUCCACAGGUAUUACAGAGCCAGUGAUCCACAGGUAUUACAGAGCCAGUGAUCCACAGGUAUUACAGAGCACAGGUGUUAGCCUGCUAUUAAACCCCUAGAGCUGUGUAGAUAUGAAAGGGUUGAUUGUUCUCCCUUGCCAUCUUCCUCCCUCCCUUGUUCACACACUUACGUUUACACUCAGCACAAACAAAGACAAACACACACACACACUUAGAAUUUGAUAUAAUUCAGGUAGACAUGGAGGAGAAUAUGUUUUAAUCAGAGGAUGGGCCAUGCAGGUUGCCAUUGUGACUGGUCCUGAGUGUAGGGGGACUUGAGAACUUGGUCAGAGGGACUUGGUCAUGAGAAAGACCCUGGAGUCAUUAAUCCUCUGUCACUCUACAUUACAACAGAAAGGUAAUGGCUGUGUCUGAAAUGGCACCCUUUUCACUCUGUAGUGUACUACUUUUGGCCAGAGCCAAUGAGGGCCCAUGAGACUGGCCAAAGGUAGUGCACUAUAGAUGGAAUAGGGUGACAUUUGGGACGUAGGCAAUGUUUGCUGAACCCAAUCCAGUUGGUUUUGAAUGGAAUUGAUUACUUUAUUUUAAUUUUAUUUAUUUAACCUUUAUUUAUUUAUUUAGGCAAGUCAGUUAAGAACAAAUUCUUAUUUACAAUGACGGCCUACCCCAGCCAAACCCGGACGACGCUGGGCCAAUUGUGCGGCGCCCUAUGGGACAAUUACGUCUGGACGUGAUGCAGCCUGGAAUGCAGCACACAUGCUAAUCACACUAAUCAAAGCUCUGAUAGCUGCAUGUAUGAACUAUGGGGUGGAGACAGACAACCUGAAGACUCUGGUAGGUCGUAUGAGAGCGGCAUCCAACAACCUCCACAACUCAGCGUCGGAGCGCAGAAAGAACCUGUCAUACGAGGGCAAGAAGUCCCACAAACCCCCCAAUGACUUUCUCACUGCUGUCGUGGAGCUCAUUGGAGCAGCCAAGAGUCUACUGGCCUGGUUGAACAGGACUUCUCUGACGGGGAUCAGUGACUUCACCUGCACUAAGAACAGGAUCAUUCAGCUGUGUCUGGAGCUCACCUCCACCGUUCAGAAGGACUGCACAGUUUAUGACAUGGAGGAGAAGAUUCUGGAAGUGUCUGUGGCUCUGAACGUGAUCAGUGAGCAGACGAUGAGGACGACCUCUGACCCCCAGAAGAGUCAGAUGGCCUGUCUGGAGGAGGUCCAUAUCACGAACAUCAGACCUAGGGAUGGACUGGGGUUGUAUAUCAAAUCUACCUACGACGGGCUUCACAUCAUCACUGGCACCACAGAACAUUCUCCAGCAGACAGAACACACAGGAUCCACGCAGGAGACGAGGUCGUCCAGGUCAACAAGCAGACAGUGGUGGGCUGGCAGCUGGACAACCUGGUAGGUAAGCUGAAGGCGGACCCAGCAGGCGUUACUCUGGUGGUGAAGAAGAGGCCCUCGGGUACCUUUAGCUUCACCCCGGCCCCCCUGAAAAACAUGCGCUGGAGGCCCCUUCUGGUGCAGAGCGCCCUGAGUAUGCCUAAGAUCCAGGCCCCAAAACAUGCCAGUGAAGCCCGCAUGAAAAAAGAAAAGCCAGCCAUUCUGGACCUAUUUAUUCCUCCUCCCCCUACUGUACCCUAUACCCCACGAGAUGAGAAGCCUACAGCCAGUGUCAAACUGAGACCGAAGGGUUCACAGUCUCCAAACUCCUUCCUGGAUGAGGGCAGACGGCGCUUCACCAUUGCAGACUAUGACAACAAGAUCAGAGUCUGCCCCCCUCCUGAGCCCAACCUCCAACCAGCCCAACCAGCCCCAGUAGCCCGCCUGAGACAACAGACAUCCAGACGGGGUAAACCACGGCCCCUGUCCAUGCCUGUAGACUCGUGUUUGGGCAUGUCUGAUUCAUCCUCCAGACCCUGGCCCCAAGGGAGAAAAGGAGAGGACAUCCUGCACAGAUACCUGAGUAACGAGCGCAUCGCCACCAUCUCUGAGGAGGCCUCGUUCUUCCCCCUACCCUACAGACCCCUGGAGGGUCGAUCUGGCCAGCUGGUCCGUGGCGUCGACCACAUCCGGGGCUCCCAGUGCUUCAUAAAUGCUGACCUGCACAACAGCGCCACCAUCCCCUACCAGGAGGCAUCGUCGAAAAAGGUCCCGGCUACAAUUAUGACCCCUAGUGCUGCUGCUACUCCCAAACGCCCUCCGUCUGAACCCUCUUCGAUCCUGGGGGGCUGGCUAGCCCGCCUCAGGCUGUUGAGUCAUUGACGAGUGCCUCGACCUUGUGGACAGUGGAACGUGUGUCGCCCCCACUGCCUUUACCUUGCUAUAAUCUAACAGUGGUAUGGUUUCUCCACUCAGUAUUCUGACUAACACCUACCAUACCUGGAACGUUCUGUUGGAACUUGGAACACUAAAACAGCUUUUGGAAGCUUCGCUUAAUUUCAACGCCACAUCGCCUAGGGGUAGACCAUUUGGUUGGAUCUCUCGCUUCAUUUCAACGCCACAUAGCCUAGGGGUAGACCAUUUGGUUGGAUCUCUCGCUUCAUUUCAACGCCACAUAGCCUAGGGGUAGACCAUUUGGUUGGAUCUCUCGCUUCAUUUCAACUCCUUGGCGUGACAGACCUGGUUUAGAUUCAAUAUGCUGACAGAUUCAGAAUGUUUCGUGGAGGAGUUUCUGUCUCUGCUCAUUUUCCUAACCAAGAGAAGGACUAUCAUUCAGGUUUAGGGAACAUUAGCCUUGCUUCUGUAGGUGAACUGUCCUAUGUGUAAAUUGUUAAGUUAUUUAGUUUGUGUCUGUACAGAUUUAUUGUACAUACGUUUAAAAUCAUUUUAAGAAGUUGAUUUGAUUUUUGUACCGUUUUAUUUUGUAUUUCAUUUCAUGAGUUGAUAUAUAGACAUAAUUAAAGCCUAUCGUUUUAUUUGAGA